AUGUCGUUACCUACCAGUCGGCAUUCGCACACCCAAUACUCGAAUGGCUAUUCGAAUGGAUAUUCAGGUGGAUAUAAGAAUGGUCAUGCGAGCUACUACAAGGAUGAAUCAUGGGCAAUGUCUCCUCAAGAUUCUAAGUAUCAUCCUAAAUUUCGAAAGUCAGCAUACGCCCGAAGACGUUUAUUCUUGAAACUUGGCUUUGUAUUCUUGGUUGUCUUCGGAUUCUCCUUAUUGGUAUCGCCGUCUCUAAGGUUCACUGUCUUCUCCGCCAUCGGAUUGGGGUAUUCGCUGUACAAGGACAUCCCUGGGGUUGAAUACCAUGAUCUUUCGCUAUACAAAGGCAGUGCCACUGGUUGGCAAAGAGGAGAAAGAAUAUUGUUCCUUUCGCCUCUUCGUGACGCCGAGGCCCACUUGCCCAUGUUCUUCAGCCAUCUCCGGAAUCUUACAUACCCUCAUCAUCUCAUCGACCUUGCAUUCCUGGUUUCCGAUUCGAAGGAUAAUACUAUGAACCUCCUAACUGACCUAUUGAAGAAGCAACAAAGUGACGCCGACCAUAACCAAUGGUUUGGCGAGAUCACAGUCAUUGAAAAGGACUUUGGGGCUGCCAUCGGGCAGGACUUCAGUAAUAGACAUGGAUUUGCCGCACAAGGGCCUCGACGAAAGUUGAUGGCACGUGCUAGGAACUGGUUGCUGAAUGCUACUUUGAAGCCACAUCAUAGUUGGGUAUAUUGGAGGGAUGCAGAUGUUGAGACCGCCCCGACGUCUAUCUUGGAGGAUUUGAUGAGACAUAACAAGGAUGUAAUCGUCCCUAAUGUCUGGCGACCUCUCCCCGACUGGCUUGGGAAUGAACAACCUUAUGACUUGAACUCCUGGCAAGAAUCAGAAACUGGUUUAGAACUUGCUGCCAAGCUUGGUGAGGAUGAUGUUAUUGUUGAAGGUUACGCAGAAUAUGCUACCUGGAGACCUCACUUGGCGUAUCUGAGAGAUCCUCGGGGCGAUCCGGACGUGGAGAUGGAACUCGAUGGUGUCGGCGGUGUCAGUAUCCUAGCUAAGGCAUCGGUAUUCCGAGCUGGUGCACAUUUCCCCGCAUUCAGCUUUGAGAAACAUGCCGAGACCGAAGGAUUUGGAAAGAUGUGCCGCCGUAUGAAAUUUACCGUUAUUGGAUUACCUCACUACACCAUUUGGCAUCUUUAUGAACCAUCAUCGGACGACCUUAAGCACAUGAAGGAGAUGGAGGAGCAGAGAAUAGCUCACGAGAAAGAAGAGAAGGAGAAGGCAGAACAAAAGACUCGACUAGAAGAGGGAUGGGAUAUCAAGAAAGAUAAAGACACCUGGGAUAAGGACCAGAAAGAAAUUAUCGACGCAGCCCUCAAAGCAAAGGAGGUCGAGAAGGGUGCCAUGGCUUCCAAAGGCACUGGAAAAGAUUCGGGGAAGACACCAGACCAAGAUUUAAGAGGUAGCCGGGAAGGCCCGAUUGCACAUGUUGAUGAACCUGGAGUUGGGGUUCUUACAACUGAGGAUGAAGAGAAGAAAGGCCAAAUUGUGGGUCACGAAAAUGGUCGAGUAAAACAGAAUAAGCUACCGGUUGAGCCAACAAAGCAAGAGUCUCAAUUCGCAUAA